CAUUCAGAAGGCAGAAGGCAGGCUAUCGAAAUGAAACCGGCCUGUCCGCCGGAAAAUAUCUGAGAACACUGAACGCAUUCGAACGCUCCGCACGUAGGUAGGCCUGGCCGAAAAUUCCGCCGUAAUCCGCUCAGCGAUCGCUACGCUUGCGAAUGUAUCUCAAAUAAAUGUACUAUAUAAGGAGCUGUGGCGAGAUGCUUUUGGUUAAUGAUUUCUUUCAACUCUCGUUAAAAAACAACAACAAUAAUAAGAAAUAUUAAAAUUAAUUUCGAUAUUGAACCAGCAACAACAACAACAAGAAGAAGAAAAAAAUGUGAAUUGAAAAUUUAAAUGUGCUGCAAAUUAAAUUCAAGUGCUGCCGACGUCGCUGCUGCUCGGGCGACAGCAAAUUGCAGAUCGCAAUAAAUUAAAACAAUAAAAGGCAGCAGUGAACAGUGAAUAAAAAAAUACGAAAUACGAAAAUAAAAAAAAAAUUAAGAAAACAACAAAAAAUUCAACGAGACUGAGAAAUCUACAUAAAUGAUGUCGUUGUUGCUGUUGUCGUUCGUGUGGCGGUUGACAAACAGCGCGAAAAGUACUCGGUGCCAAAAAAGCGAGUGAACAAACAACAAAAGAACAAAUAACAAAUAAUUAAAUACACUACACAAACCAACCAACAAAAAAAAAAAAAAAUCAUUAAAAACCGAAACGGAAACCCUGUAAACCGAACAAAAAUGGUUGGCAAAGUCUUGGGCAUCAAAGACUUGGAGCAGUUUAGCAGCCGGCGGAGCAGUGUCUACGUCGAUCCCGAGUGUGACAAAUUCUUCGAGCUGCCCCUCUUCAUAGCGGCCAGCUCGAACGAUAUAACCACCAAAUGCCAGUGCUGGCAGUUCAGUCCAGGCAAAGAGCCUGCACUGCGCUCUCACACGGAAAUCCAACAGCUUCUGCAGCAGGGCAAGAAACGUGAUGUGAAGAACAUACUCAGGGAGAACUCGUGGCCCAUCAACUCCCCGAUCCGAUCCCAGCUAUGGCCCCUACUCUGUGGCCAACACCAGACAAAGCAGCAAAUGCUAGAUGGCUUCUACUGGGAGAUGGUACACCAGGUCUUUGGCACCACGGAGCUGUCGGAGAAGCCGAUCAUGCUGCCCGCCUUUGUGGACGCCACCCACUGUUUGCCGUAUCACUUGACCAGCACGGGCCGGGCCGUCGCCGAUCGCAUUGUGAAUGUGCUGGGCUACGACUGUCCCGAUAUUACCUAUAGUCCAGUAUUGUAUCCCAUUACAUCGAUACUUUUGCAUUUCAUGUCGGAGGAGGAGGCCUACAUUUGCUUGGCCGGGCUGGUGGGCAGCAAGGAGAAGGUAUUCAUCAAUCAAACCAAACUACAGCACGAGGUCACCUGGAAGACGGUGAUGCAGAUAGCCAAAAAGCACACGAAAAGUGCCAUCUCGUAUUUCCAACGUAUUUGCCCGGGCUUGAAGCUGGAGCGAGUCUUUAUGGACUGGUGCUGGUGGAUUCUAGCGGGCCUACCCUUCCAGCAUCUGGUGCGGAUAAUGGACUGCUUCUUCCACGAGGGCAUCAAGGUCCUGUACCGUGUGGCACUCGUCAUACUCAAUCUGUUUCACAAGGAGUGCCAGUCGAACAACGAAUGGAGUCCGGAUAAUAUUAAAAACGACAUUGGCAAUGCGCUGAUCAAGUUCUGCAAGAAGAUACCAGUGUCACCGGCGAAGCUGCUCCAUGCCGCUUUUAGUAUUAGGGGACUCAGUACCCAGUAUAUUUCUAGAAUAUUUAUCAAGACUGAAAUGCUAUUAAAAAGCCGUUCCGUGCUCAACAGCGGUUCGAAGCAAUUAAUCAAAUCGCGUUCAAGUGAUAAUCUGCCCACUAGUCAGUCGCAGGUGAACAUCCAAAUGAUGUCGCACACCUUGACCAUCCGCGAGAAGCUGCACUCCGAGAGCUGUCGCAAUUUGGGCGAAAAGUCGCCGGGUCAUAGAGCCAUCGCGAUGGGUGUCUAUCCCAUACACAAUCUGAAAAGUCAAGUUUGUACGAACGAAGAUCUAUUCACGCUGUGGUCCUGGCUGCCCGUGAGGAUAACAAUGUACCAACCGGUGCUGCUCUACACUACCGAGGAGCACGGCUGCUCACUGACCACCUUCUACGUCCGGGUGGAGCAGCACGAGCCCACGCUGCUCAUGAUCAAGACGUGCAAUAAUGAGGUAUUUGGCGCCUAUUGCUCUUCCCGCUGGUUCGAAAGAAAUGUUAAAGAUGACAAGGGCCAGCGACAGGCCUACUUUGGCACCGGCGAAACCUUCUUGUUCUCCCUGUAUCCCGAGCGAGCCAAGUACCCCUGGGUGGGAAUCGAGGGCGACAAGGAUCUGGGUCACAGUUCCGAGCUGUUUAUGGCGGCCGAUUCCAAGAUGAUCACCAUUGGUGGAGGUGAGGGUCAGGCCAUCUGGAUGGAUGAGAAUAUAAGAUUUGGCAAGACGGACAGCUGCAAGACUUUUAACAAUCCGCCGCUUUGUCCGUCGGGCGACUUUGAGAUCCGGGUGCUGGAGGUCUACGGCUUUGUUGGCAUCUAAAACCCCCCCUAACCCCGUUCAUGCUACUUCAGUCUGACCGAUAUUGCCCGCCGAUGAUCAAGUGCUCAGUCAACCUGCUCGACCUCCCCCCGCGUUUCCUUCAACCCACUCAAUACUACCCAUCAGAUUGCUUUCGCUUCCGCAGCUAUUGGCGGAUGCUGAUACUGAUGAUAACCGGAUGAUUAAAUGUGUAAACAUUUAUAAAACAAUUAUUUAUAAAUAUGUAUCGAAAGUGGCCACGCAUCAGCAGCUAUCGCCGCCGUCGUCGUGUUAAUGUUAAAUGUUUAUGAUGAAUAACAACUAAACAACUAAAAAGCAAACAAAACUAAAACAAAUUAUAUAUUAUAUAAUGGAAAUACUCUGUGAGUUAAUGUUUCAAAACGCAAAGCUUUGAAAUUACAAUACACUAGUUGUUAUAACCCCUUUACAUAUAUAUUAUAUAUACAUAAUAUCUAUACAACUACAUAUAUACAUAAUGAAUUAAUAUAAAGUGUAUAUCUAAAUGUAAAUCGUAUUCUAUAGCCAUGUAUCGCAGCAAAGAAACAAAAUUGAAAAAAAAAAACUAUUCCUUAAAGCCGAACGCAGAAAAAUAAGAAGAGAAACCCUUGGCUGCGAUUGAUUUUUGUUUAUUAGAGUUAAUAAUUCAUUUAGUUUAUAAAUAUGUAUGUAUUUUUUCUUUCUGCAAACCAAAUUUACUGACUUGACUGAAUUCGUUAUUAAUAUGUUAUUAAUAUUAUUAUUGCUAUGUGUAUAGAGAGUGUAACUUGUAAAUUUCAUUGGAAACCGAAUGUUUUUGAAAAUUGUCUCCCAUUGGUCGCAAAAAAAAAAAAAACAUCAAAAAUAUACCUAUAGUUAAAGCAUAACCAAACAUCUUUCGAUUAGUGUUGCUGCCGACAAUGAUAUGCUCAGAUACUACAUCAUUACUGUGUAGCUAAAUAACCCAAAAUUAAUUCAUAAUUGUAUUGUAGGGCUAAUGCCCCGAAAACCAACACCAUUUGCAGUCAUUUCAAAGUGCAUUAUGAGCAAAUAUUUAUAGAAGAAGGCAAGAGAGUAUUCAUUCAUGUGGAAUUGAUCUCAAACCGAAAAAAAGCGAAAGAAAUUAUUACAAGUUGAAGGCUAAACAAGUGUACAUAAGCACACACAAACGAGAACAAUCAAUAAUUAUUUUAAGAUUCCAUUCCAAUUUCAGUACCAACGAAAUUCUUUGCUCACCUCUUUAGACUUUUUGCGCACAAAACAAAAUUUUUGCACAUAUUUCUAGUCAAUUUUUAUGUUUAACACAACGAACAUGGUGUGUUUCCUCUCGAAUGUACUUCAUCUCUAUUAUUAUUUGCCGUUGAGUGACUGCAGAUUCUGAUGGUUUAUUGAUCUUUGCACUACUCAAGCGAAUUGUUACAAUUUAAUGGCAGAACAACCACAACGAACACUGAGGAGACAGACGUGGGCAGCCACAGAUUGCAGGAAGCGACAGACAACACUCCACUACAAUUGCGGAGCUGGUACUCCACAAAUCCCACCCCAGUCCCUCAAGUCCUCUUUCCCUGCCAAAAAAUGAGAAGAAAUUUAAGAUGAGGUGCAAUCUGUGGCGGCAAAAUAACGAAAUAUAAUAAUAUAUGAAUAGUUUUAGGUUUUAAACAAACUCUCUGUGUUGUUGUUACUAUGAUUCAAAGUAUAUGUACACAUUAUAUAGUACGGCAUAUGAAAUAACCGAACUCUACAUUAUAUACCACAACUAAAAAUAGUUGAACAAGUUGAUCCAUUCAAUGCGAAAGCAAAGUGAAAAUAUGCGAAAAAAAGCAAAUCUGUUUGUUAUUUGUUUCCGAGUGCGAAUUGUAAUAAAUUCAUAAUUUUUA